AUUCAGGGGUGGCUACUCUCACACAUCAGCCCCUGCAAGGGAAACGUGUGAACCCCGUUCCGGUCUUUUCCUCACUCGUUCACCAUGGCGGAACAGACAGAGAGGUCCUUUCAGAGGCAGCCAACUGUAUUUCUUAAUAAAAAGUCCAUCCUGACCGGGAAGUCCAAGAAAAAUUUGCGCUAUGUUCGCAAUGUUGGCCUUGGCUUCAAAACACCACGUGAGGCUAUUGUGGGAACCUACAUUGACAAGAAAUGUCCCUUCACUGGCAACGUAAGCAUUCGUGGCAUCUUAUCUGGGGUGGUGCUCAAGAUGAAAAUGCAGCGCACAAUUGUCAUUCGUCGGCAAUACCUGCACUACGUUAAGAAGUACAAUCGCUUUGAAAAGCGACACAGAAACAUGUCUGUUCACCUCAGUCCGUGCUUCAGAGAUGUGAAAGUCGGUGAUGUGGUCACUGUUGGAGAGUGCAGGCCUCUAAGCAAGACCGUGCGGUACAAUGUUCUUAAAGUGACAGCCAAGUCUGGAGCCAAGAAGGGUUUCCAGAAAUUCUAAUGGUAUUGGCUCGUUCUUCUGAAAGGAAUUGGAGGUUCUGUGUGCAUUUUGACAUUAACGUUCAGCAGAAAUGGCAUGGUAUGUACAUCUAUCACUGUGCAGUUUUGCUGCAUCCAUGGAAAGUGCAGAGCUCUGAUGUCCUGUCAACUUAAAUGCAUCAUCAUUCAGAUGAUUUUUUGUUCCCACAAAUAAAGUCAUCUGCAAAUGGGUU